ACCUGACCAAGAGGGAUACCUCGAGCACAAGCCUCUAGGAGUGACUGGGAGAGCUGUGGCCAGGAGCUGUCACCAUGUCGGAGAAAUUCGAGAUCACAAACCUGAACCUGAAAUCAGGGGUGUCCCUGAAGAUUAAAGGCAAGAUCCACAAUGACGUUAACCACUUCACCCUUAACCUGGGCCAGCAGAAAGACACACUGAACCUGCAUUUUAACCCUCGCUUCAAUGAAUCCACCAUUGUCUGUAACACCUGUGAUGGUGGCAGUUGGGGACCAGAGCAACGAGAAAAUCACAUGUGCUUCAGUCCGGGGUCAGAGGUCAAGUUCACCAUUGCCUUCCAAGAGAAAGACUUCAAGGUGACGAUGCCCGACGGACACGUGCUGACCUUCCCCAACCGGCUGGGCCACAACCACCUGCACUACUUAAGCAUGGAGGGGCUCCAGAUCUCCUCCUUCAAGCUGGAGUGAGCGUCUCCUCAGAAGACCUUAGCCCCAAACCAGCUUCAGCCAGCCCUCCAGCAGAACCACAGCCUUUAGGUUCUGUGCUUCCCUGAGGUUCUCUCAGCUCCUGCCCUUCUGACUAACCCCUUCCCCGAGGUCAAGGUCAAAUAAAAGAAUCCAUUUAUUAUUUCCACAGCGA